CAUUUCCACAAUGUCGAUUCUACCCUCGCCGCGCUUACUCACUCUCUCUAACCAACCAAACCUCCUCGCAUUCUCAACCGCCGCUCCUCCACUCCACUCCCUCCGCCGAUCACCGUCCUCCUCCGUCUCCUACGCCCCAACCAAUGCCUCCAAACCUCUCCGCACCUCCGCCACCUCAUCAUCCUCCUCCGUCACCGUGGAAAACUCCAACUCCGACUCCGAACCCUCCGCCGCGCCCGCCACGCUCUUCGUGAUCCGCGCCAGCAACCGCAUCGGCCUCCUCGGCAUCAUCACGCGCGUCUUCACCGUCCUCGGCCUCCGCGUCGACAAAGCCACCGUCGAAUUCGAAGGCGACUACUUCGUCAAGAAGUUCUUCGUCACCGACUCCACCGGCGCGAGGAUCGAGGACCGCGAGAGCCUCGACCGGAUCCAGAAGGCUCUGCUCGACGCCAUCGACGACUGCGGCGGGACCGUCUCGGCCGGGCCUACCACCACGAGAGGCGUCGUGGUCCGCAGGCCGGGUUUGGGCCUGGGCUCGGGCGAGCGCGGCGCCAAGGCCGAGAGGAUGUUCGGGUUGAUGGACGGGUUCUUGAAAAACGACCCGAUUAGUCUUCAGAAGGAUAUUCUCUACCACGUUGAGUACACCGUGGCCCGGUCAAGGUUUAGCUUUGACGAUUUCGAAGCCUAUCAGGCUUUAGCGCACAGUGUGAGGGAUCGGUUGAUUGAGAGAUCGCAUGAUACUCAGCUUUACUUCAAGAGGAAAGAUCCGAAGCGCGUGUAUUUCCUCUCGCUUGAGUUUCUUAUGGGUCGGUCAUUGUCAAAUAGUGUUAUCAACCUUGGCAUCCGAGACCAGUAUGCGGAGGCUUUGAGUCAGCUUGGCUUUGAGUUUGAAGUUCUGGCUGAGCAGGAAGGAGAUGCUGCUCUUGGUAAUGGCGGCCUAGCCCGUCUUUCUGCUUGCCAAAUGGACUCUAUGGCAACUUUGGAUUAUCCUGCAUGGGGUUAUGGACUACGGUACCAAUAUGGACUCUUUCGCCAGGUUAUACUAGAUGGCUUUCAGCAUGAACAACCUGACUUUUGGUUGAACUUUGGGAAUCCUUGGGAGACAGAGCGGGUUCAUGUAACAUAUCCAGUGAAGUUCUAUGGGACUGUUGAAGAGGAAAUCUUGAAUGGUAAAAAAUGUAAUGUUUGGAACCCUGGAGAAGUGGUAGAAGCUGUGGCUUAUGAUAAUCCUAUACCUGGUUAUGGAACUAGAAACACCAUUACUCUCCGCUUAUGGGCUGGAAAACCGAGUGAUCAACGUGAUAUGGAAGCUUUCAAUACGGGAGAUUACAUCAAUGCUGUUGUUUCGAGACAGAAAGCAGAAAAUAUUAGUAGUGUUUUGUACCCUGAUGAUCGUUCUUAUCAGGGGAAGGAACUGCGGUUAAAACAACAGUAUUUCUUUGUCUCAGCAUCCAUUCAAGACAUAAUGCGGAGAUUCAAAGAUGCUCAUAGUAAUUUUGAUGAAUUUCCAGAUAAGGUUUCUCUGCAGCUCAAUGAUACUCACCCAUCUCUUGCGAUAGCUGAGGUCAUGAGAGUGCUGGUUGAUGAAGAGCAUCUGGAAUGGAAUAAAGCUUGGGAUAUUGUUUGCAAACUCUUUUCUUUCACAAUACACGCAGUAAUUGCUGAAGGGUUGGAGAAAAUCCCUGUUGAUUUACUGGGCAGUCUUCUCCCACGCCAUUUACAAAUUAUAUAUGACAUCAACUUCAACUUUGUCGAAGAGUUGAAGAAGAGGAUUGGCUUAGAUUAUGAUCGUCUCUCUCGGAUGUCUAUUGUUGAGGAAGCUGCUGUUAAGACUAUCCGGAUGGCUAACCUGGCGGUUGUGUGUGCUCAUACUGUGAAUGGUGUAUCCCAAGUACAUUCAGAGUUAUUAAGAACAAAAUUGUUCAAGGAGUUCUAUGAACUGUGGCCUGAGAAAUUCCAAUGCAAGACAAAUGGCGUUACCCAGCGCCGAUGGAUUGUGGUGAGCAAUCCUAGCCUGUGCGCUCUUCUCUCAAAAUGGCUUGGAACUGAAGCAUGGAUCCGUAAUGUUGACCUUCUGACUGGCUUGCGAGAAUAUGCAGACGAUGCUAAUCUUCAACAAGAAUGGAUGAUGGUUAAGAAGGUUAACAAGAUGAGGCUUGCUGAGUACAUUGAAGCAAUGAGUGGUGUGAAGGUUAGUUUAGAUGCAAUGUUUGAUGUCCAGACAAAGAGAAUACACGAGUACAAAAGACAGUUGCUUAAUAUACUCGGCAUCAUCCAUCGAUAUGACUGCAUCAAGAACAUGGAUAAGAGUCAACGGAGCAAGGUUGUACCCCGUGUCUGCAUUAUUGGAGGAAAAGCUGCUCCUGGUUAUGAAGUUGCUAAGAAAAUUAUCAAACUUUGCCAUGCUGUAGCAGAAAAGAUAAAUAAUGAUAACGAUAUUGGGGAUCUUCUAAAGCUGGUUUUCAUUCCUGAUUAUAAUGUUUCUCUCGCUGAAGUGGUAAUACCAGGGGCUGACCUUUCACAGCACUUAAGCACUGCAGGACAUGAGGCUUCUGGAACUGGCAGCAUGAAAUUUCUCAUGAAUGGAUGCUUACUCUUGGCUACUGAAGAUGGGUCUACAGUUGAAAUUGUUGAAGAAAUAGGGGCAGAGAACUUGUUUUUGUUUGGCGCAAAGAUUCAUGAAGUUCCUGAAUUGCGUGAGAGAGGACCUGAUCAUAGCGUGCCACUACAAUGUGCACGGGUAUUAAGGCUGAUCCGAGAUGGUCAUUUUGGCUUUCAAGACUAUUUCCAAUCUCUAUGUGAUAGCGUGGAGGGCGAUGACUUCUAUCUGCUCAGUUCGGACUUUGGGAGCUAUUUAGAGGCACAGGCUGCUGCUGAUAAAGCAUUUGCCGAUCCAAAGAAGUGGACUAAAAUGAGCAUCCUCAGCACAGCUGGUUCUGGCCGAUUCAGCAGUGAUAGAACAAUCCGUGACUACGCUGAGAAGAAUUGGGGGAUCAAACCUUGCCGGUUCCCUUCUGAGUCAGAAGGCUAGCUCAACCUCACCCAAAUAAAUGCUAGUAGAAAAAUCUACAACUCAGUUAUCUCAUACUGCAAUCAAUAAUGAUGAAUAAGCAAAGGCUUCUCAUGCCAUAUCUGUUUCACUUAUCCAACCAAUUGUUGCAGUGAAAAGGGUAGAGAGUUCUCCUUCUCCCCAAUUGCUUCACUGUAUGGAGACAGCUUCCACAUCUGUAUAUAUAGUUCGUUUGC